AUGCUGUCAUAUAGUGCCCGGUACACAACUCCGAUCUGGACGGCUGCAGCCACUCUGGGAUCUUCAGGUGCUCAUUUUACUUAUUAUCAUAAGCAGGCGGAUAAUCUCGCAUUUGGAGUCGAGUUUGAAAGCAAUGCUAAUGUCGGCGAGGCGGUUGGUACUAUUGCUUAUCAAGCUGAACUACCAGAUGAAGGUGUUACUAUGCGAGCUAGUAUCGACACAAAUUGGUCUGUUGGUGGUGUAUUUGAGAAAAAGCUCAGCCAGCAACUACCAUUUACUUUGGCGUUAUCAGGAUUGUUCAACCAUGCCAAGGUAUGUCUUAUUUGAAU